AUGGUGUCCCACUAUGCAAGAAAAUCUGAACGACAAACAUGGUCGGAAGAAAGUAUGAAGAAAGCUAUAUUCGCUGUACAAAAUAAAGAAAUGGGAUGGCUUAAAGCUUCAAAACAAUUCAAUGUACCUCAAUCUACACUUCGUCGUCGUUUUCAUAAUACAAAUAAAAUAGCAAAAGGAAUAGUAAAACAUCUUGGUCGACCAAGUUGUUUGUCAUCUAUGGCAGAAAAAAAACUGGUUGACCACAUCUUAAACUUGGAGUCUAGAUUUUUUGGAAUGACUAUCAAAGAAGUAAAGAAAUUGGCUUAUGAUUUUGCCAAAGAAGCUCAUAUUCCACAUAACUUUAAUAAAGAAAAGAGAGAAGCAGGGUGA